AUGAAGAAACCAGCAGCAAAAGCAGGGGCCCGGGCACCAGCAGCAGAAGCAGAAGCAACCCUAACAGUAGAGGCAGAGGCAGACCAACAGCAGAAACAGAGGAAGCACCAGCACACAGGCAGCACAACAGCAGAAGCAAGGCAGCACCCAACAACAGAAGCACAGGCAGCACAAACAGAAGAAGCAGCACCUGUAUUAGAAACAGAGGAGCACUUACAGAAGAAGAAGAGGCAGCACCAACAGCAGAAACAGAUGAACCCACCAGCAGCAGAAGCAGAGGCAGCCCCAAAAAGCGAAACAAGGCAGCACCAGCAGCAAAGCAGAGGCAGCACCAACAGCAGAAACAGAGGAAGCACCAACAGCAGAAGAAAGGCGCACCAACAGCAGAACCAGCACCAACAGCUGAACAGAGGCAGCACCAACAGCUGA